AUGAUUUCUCAUGAUAAGCGUUACUUUUAUUUAGCUUCUCGUGCUCUCGGCAAAGGAUUCGCCAGCCUUUUGCUUUCGGACGAGGAGCAGCGUCUCUUGCUCCCUUGCGAGGACGUGCCAAAACGUUUGAUAGUUGCUUCGCAGUGUGCAGGCCUGAGUGAAACGAAAGAAAAGAAUACAAAUACCCAGCACAAGCCGUGA